AUGGUCGACCAAAGACGUGUACAGCUUAGAACUAAGAACCCAUACAACGUACGUUCAAACAAGCGUCGUGUCAUCAAGACCCCAGGUGGUCAAUUGCGUUACUUGCACAUCCACAAGAAGCCAUCCGUUCCAAAGUGUGGUGACUGUGGAUUAGCACUUUCUGGUGUUCCAGCUCUUCGCCCAAGACGCUACGCUACCAUCUCAAAGCGUCAAAAGUCCGUCACUCGUGCCUACGGUGGUAGCCGUUGUGCUCACUGCGUUAGAGAGCGUGUCGUUAGAGCAUUCUUGCUUGAGGAAGCCAAGAUUGUCAAGAGAGUCAUUAAGCAAUCUACCGGCAAGUAA